UUGAGAAGUAACGCGGUUAUUACAUGUCAACAUGUCACUCCUCAGAUUGUGUGCCUUUGCCAAAUGUCUGAAUCGUCGCAGUUUAUUUGAACAAUGUGCAGUUCGCCUGUCUCGUGCGGAUCGCUGUGAGCUGUGUGUGUCGCUAAGAGACGGGGCAGUCAGACGAAUAUCAGAGACACCAUGGCAACUUCAAAGAAAAAAUAUUUCCUUUGUCCCAAAGAGAGAAGAUACAAAGAAGCAUGAACUGAAACAGUCUCUGUUACACGUGCUUGAAGCAAGGAUCCAACAACUCCAAUCCGACACAGUUUUAGAUGUCCAGCAUUCGAAGGUGCAUUUUCUUAAAGACCCGUCUUCUGGAAAUAAAGUCUUAUCUGAUAAAGCUCUCAAAAAAACACCCAAGAAAGAAAACGUCAUUCCUAAAUCAAAACAGACUGGUGCUAAAGAGGCUUCUAAAUCUAAGCCAAGCGGCUGGAAGGAAAAGUUAAAGCAGGAGGAGAAGAAAAAACUGCAAUAUUUAAAGAAAGAGACAGUACAAUCUAAAGGAAGCAAAAGCAGCCCAUCACUCCCCAGUACAUCACUGAAAACUAUAUCUACCACUGCUAAAAAGACUCAGCCCUUGAUCAAAACCAUUAAAGGGCACAACAAAGUGUCUGAUGAGACUAGUGCUAGAGUUUCUUCAACUGUUACCUCCACUGCUGCUGGUGCUGCCGCGGGGACAGCAGCAAAGACACAGAAAAAAUCUAAAGCAAAACGGAAGGAAUCUAAAAAUCCGACACCAAAGCAGACUGUUGCUGAUGCUAAGGUCAGCUCUAUAGAACUGGUGGAGAUGAAAGAGAUGGAGAGGCUCAGUCAACAAAUGAGCCAGUUGAGGUCUUUGAGUAACCCGCAGGUCCUGGAGUUGGACAGUGAGGCUGAAUGUGGGGACCUCUACAAGAGAAUCUGCUCUUACCUGGACGCGUGUGUGUUUGCUGAAGACAUUCAGAGGGCGCAGCGAUUCCUGAUCAACCAGCACAAGAAAAAAAAAAGAGUCAUGAACACGAAUGUCUACAACAUCAUGAUAAGGGUGUUGGCAAAGCACGUGAGUUCAACAACUUAGAUACUAAAACUGAGAGGGUUUGGACAAGUUGUGGGUCCCUUGAAAUGUUUUUACACUGAGAUAUAUCAGGCUGAAUGGUUUAACAGAUUUAACUUAUAGCAAACCUCAUCAGGAUUUUUUACUUGUGAAGAUAAUGUGCAAUACUCUGGUUCUCUAUUAGUUGUCAGUCUUUCU